AUGACGCCAAUCUUCGUACUUCAUUCCAGUUUUCUAGUCUCUAUUUAUAGAUUUCCCUUAAACGGAAAUGACAUUAAGGUGUUGUUUCCUUAAGGUAUAAAUUCGAAAUGCUUAUAAGUUUCGAGAAGGCGAAGAGUUUUGCAUUAUUCUUUUGCAAAUUUACUACUCUAAGAUAAGACAUAAUGGACGUUGAAAUAAAGGAAUCAGAAUUCCACGCACGAGGACGGAUUAUCAGGAAUUAUAUGAAAGAACGCAACAACUGUGUGGUGCUGAAAAUCGAUACUCACAUGGGAAAAGUCGAGGAUAUGUCACCAUUUGGGUUUCAUUUCGAAUUCGACGAGAAAAAGUACAAAGAACGCAAAAAACAAAUUCGGAGGGAAAAAAUCACUUGGUUCUUCGCCUGGCUUGCAUAUUAUCACCACAAGUUUGGAAUUAGACAUAUCACACUUAUAUCAAUACUCGCUGCCUAUAUUUGCCUCGGAGGAUUUUUGUUUCAGAAAUUGGAAUCACCGCGGGAAAUUGAGGAAUUACAAGAGACAUUAAAGUCGAUGAAUGAAAUAAUUAAAAACGAGACUAUGGAUAUAAUAAAAAUCACACUAACGACUAAUGGAGAGGACAGAAAUCAAAAAUUGGGGGAUUUACUGAGAGCCUACCACCGAAUCCUCCUGGAAACCGAAGGAAAAUUCCACGGCAGCGCCUGGCACAAAUCGGAAAACCUCGACAUGAACCUAAUGUGGUAUUUCUCAUCUGCCACUUUCUACUCAAUGACCUUAUUCUCCACAAUUGGUUACGGUACUAUCACCUGUCAAACCUUUUGGGGAAAAACUGUCUCAAUGGUGUAUGCAUCAAUUGGUCUUCCUAUCAUGCUCCUUGUGCUCGGAGACAUUGGAGUCUGGUUUCAGAAAGUUAUGACCAAUGCGUACAUUUUUGUGAUGUUAAAGUAUAAAUCCCUCCGAAAACAAUCGAUUGAAAUAAAACGGAAGGAAACGUUAUUACCAAUGUGGUUAGCAAUGCUUGUUGUGUUCACUUAUAUUAUAAUAUGUACUCUUACAAUUCUACUGUUUGACGAUAAUGAAGGUGAUGAACCAGGCAUCAACUUCUUCGACGCAUUCUACUUCACAUUCAUCAGUCUAACAACUAUUGGUCUAGGUGACGUCAUGCCGUAUAAUAUUCAAUAUUCCCCAUUCCUGCCUCUUGCCUUUCUACUGGGCCUUGCCCUCAUCUCCAUUGUGAACACUUCAAUCUACUCUACGCUUUACCAGAGCUUCUAUAAUUUGAUAUAUAGUCUCGAGGAUCAGCUCGAUCGGAUUCAUAACUCACGGAGAAGAGGUGCAGGAUAUCGAGUUUUUCAGGAUAUGGAGUCAACAUUUCAAAUGCUCGUAUGCACAUUUCCUCCAUCACCGGCACAUUCUCGUAUUCGAUUUGCAUCCUUAAUACGAGACUCGUUCAGGGAAGCCAAGAAGGAAAGUGCGCAACCAAAAGUCCGCACGAGAACCGAAUCAGACAUCCCCGACGGAUUCCAACAAUGGAUGGCGAAACGAUCACGACGAUUACAUUCUGCAGACGAUGAAAUGAAGGAAAAACGACGAGCUCCAACUUUAGGAGCACUCGGAGGUUUUGAUAUGAGCUUGUUCAAGCCACGAAACCGAUCAACCACUUCACCAUUCUGUCAUACUGACGAAGAAGUCGAUACUGAUGAAAGCGUGUGAUUUUUUAAAUUUUUAAAUUAAAAUUUUGGUAACUUUAUUCAAAUAAUGUAUUUGUGUAAUGUCUCAUAACAAUAAAUUCAAAUUUUCGU